AUGGAGGCCGUUGCCGUGCAAGAUUUGCCGCAUAACCCAUACCCGUACGAGGAAUUGCAGGGCCCGAGUCACUUCCGGUUAUUCAACCUGCUCUCCGAAGAUGAUCCCGAGGCUGCAGUCCGAGGUGAGAUCCUCCAGGUCUCGCCCAGCGAUGGUGUGCAAUACGAGGCCUUGUCCUACUACUGGGGUACGCGGUCCAGCAUCGAGCCAACGGUGUCGAUUGCAGGCCUGUCCAUCCCCAUCACGGACAAUCUCUAUGCUGCCUUGCUUCGACUGAGAAGGACGCAUGCUCUGGGUCGAUGCAAUUUGUAUAAAUCAGGCGGAUCUGCCCGAGCGAGCGCAGCAAGUCCGUCAGAUGCGGCAGAUCUAUCGAAAAGCCUCUCGGGUCCUCGUUUGGCUUGGAGAGUCGGAGGACGAGACACUGGCUGGCCUUCGCUUCCUCCAGGAGAUUGGCUCAGGCUUUUCGGCUUUUACAACGCUAGACUGCAGACACGGCAACCUGGCAGCCCCAAAGAUCUAUGGCGGUCGACCUGGACAGAGUAUCUUGAUGAACAGCGGCUAGAUUCUAUCCAUAAGACCCAAUACAAGGAUCUGCUUGCUGUCACUCACCUGCUGGAGAGGGCCUGGUUCGGACGGGCCUGGGUUAUCCAGGAGUUCGCCGUCAAUGACAUCGUUAGGUUCACCUGUGGUGAGGUAGACAUUCCGCACAACGAACUAAGAAGAGGCUUCUAUGCAUUCACAAGGACUCCACUGCACCAUCAAGUCGUACAAAAGCCUUCAGACGUCCAUAAUUUCCGGCACCUGGAGACCCUUGUUGCUGCAACUGAUGUCGAUGAUGAGCGUCCAAAAGAGCUGCAGCUGCUCAAAUACCUCAUCGCCUCCCGGGAGUUCGGCGCUCAGGACCCACGGGACAAGGUGUUCGCUCUGGCUGGCAUGGCACUUGACGGGACCCGCACGCCUUUCGAGCCGAACUACGACUCCGACCAUGGUGUGGAGCUUCUAUAUCACCGUGUAGCCGUCCAUUACAUUGCAGCUGGCUCGUUGACGGAGGUGCUGAUGGAAGCUGGCAGCAAUUAUUCGACCGACGUGGAGGAGCGCAAUCGGUUCGACACGCGGAUGCCGUCGUGGGUGCCGGAUUGGAGGCAGUAUGUUUCUCCCCGGCGUAUGUUGAACAACUCAGUUGCACGGGAGCUUCCACCAUCAUUUGAGCUCUCGGAGGAUGGCAUGGUCCUGAAGGUCCGAUGUUACGUUCUCGACACGAUCCAAGUGGCCGUCAGUAGUCGAGCCUUUCGCGAUGGAUACGACUUGGUGUACACAGAGUCGUCGAACAUGCUAGGCGCUGAGGAUGGAACUGUGGCAGCGAAAGUCCCGCAGUUCCUCUCCGACCUACGAAGAACCUUCUGCAACCGCCUUCAGGCCUACGUCUCCGCCCGCUACAGAGACGGCUCGAACUACUGCAAUGGGCAGUCUGCAGCUGAAGCGCUCAGACGAACAUUGUACUGCAACGGCUCCGGACCCUUCACAGUGGCUGGCCACGUUACCAAUGAGGCUCGGACCCAGUACGACGAUUCUGUAGCACAUUGGCUGGAGCAUGGAGGACUGAUUCCUUAUAAUUCCUCAGUGGCCCCGUCGAUGCCUCCUUUCCGACGAGACUUCUUGAUGACGGAACGAGGGUAUAUUGGAUGGGGGCCGAUGGAUGUUCGGAAAGACGAUCUUGUAGUCGUUGUUCACGGGAUGCCUUCGCCGAGUAUAUUGAGGAGGGUGAACGAUGAACGCUUUUGCUUAUUGGGGGAUAGCUAUGUUCAUGGUUUUAUGGAUGGGGAGGUGGUUGGCAAUGGGUCGUUCGAAGCAAGUGAUAUAAGCUUGGUAUGA